UUUUUUCUCUAUUUUUUUGUUACGUCUCAUACUCAUAUACCGACAUCGCUGGGACCAGAAGAUAAAGACAAAAUACUGAAAAACAUGGUAACGCUCCAUCAGUACUCCCCUCCACCGGAAUCCGACGCCGACCACGAACAAGAGGACCACCUCACACUGCCACUAUACUCUGAACCUCAUCACCCACCGGCUCUCCACCACCGGCCAUCUUUCCUAGACGAGAUUGUUCCCCUUCCAUCACCUUCACAUUUCACCCCAGUAGGAAAAGAUCCUCGGACUCAUGCACUGCGAAGGUCAGUGUCAGUGGCAAUCAUUAGUAUCUUCAUGCUCGCAGUCAUCUUCAUGGCGUCAACCGAGUCAAGAUCAACCGCGAAGGACGCAGCGGCAAGGCUCAAGGGAGUCUUUGGGAUAGGGAGCGUAGCAGAGCUUGGAGAAGUCCUUGCAGGUAAUAUGGGUUUGGGUGACGGAGAGCAGAGCACCAAUAUCGAUGACGAGGGUUUGGCUGCGGAGACAGGAGAGAAAUCGAGUGCUCGGCCGAAAAUUGACUUUGACAGGUUCACGAUGAUAAAGUCUGUUGAUCACAAAGACCUCGACUUUUCUUCUGGUCACCGAGUGAUUUUCGUUGGCGAUGUACACAGUUCCUACGAUCCUCUCCAAAGGCUCAUGUCAAAGCUUCAGUACGACGAUACUAGUGACGUCCUCUUCCACGUUGGAGACCUCCUCGCAAAAGGUCCCAAACCAGAGCAAGUAUUGCAAUGGAUGAGAGAACACAAAAUUAGAGGUGUGAGAGGCAACCACGAUCAGCCUGUUAUUCAGUGGCGAACGUGGAUGGAAUGGGCCGGAGGCGUGGAGUGGGAGGCCUACAUGGACUUAUUAUCCGGCAAGGAAGAAGAGGAAGCUAUCCAUAUUCUGGGCAAGGACAAGAAAAAAUAUCCAGAUGGUUGGGUUUGGAAGGGGGAACACUGGAAUAUCGCAAGGGAAAUUUCGAAAGAAUCAUACGAGUACCUCACUAAUCUUUCACUCAUCCUUCACUUCCCUUCCCUUCAUGCUUUCGUUGUCCACGCGGGUCUUCUCCCCUCAAAUCCUCUCCGAUCUUCAUCCGAUGCUUCCCAGCCACUUGUCGAAUAUUCCAACACCACUCUCUCUCCCCCAUACCGUAAAGCCGAAGAGUUAGCGAUCGUGAAAAACGUCAUCCAAAACACUAGUCCGUAUAACAUCUACAACAUGCGGUCAGUAUACACUAAAGGUCCUAACAAGGGCCAAGUCACCAAAUCCUCUACAGAAGGUACGCCAUGGAGUGAAGUGUGGAAUAAGGAGAUGAAGCGGUGUAAAGGCCCGGGCGCUUGGUCAACUCAGGAUGAGGGUGAUGAAUGGCAAGUGGAGCAAGAGCAAGUGGAUGAUGUGCAGCUGGAAAAUGAAGAGGAACUCGAUGAGACUGUGAAGAGACAGAAGCCUGGUACGCCCGAGGCGGAGAAACAAAAGUCUGCGAAGAAAAAGUUGAAGUGUUCACCUGUGACUGUCGUCUACGGCCAUGCCGCUGGAAGAGGACUGGAUAUCAAACCAUUCAGUAAAGGAAUCGACACUGGAUGCGUUUAUGGCCGACAGCUUACUGCGUUAGUAUUGGGCGACACUACCGGUCUUGAUGGUCAAUCUGUCCGCGUGGGGGAUUACAAGGGCGUUCUCGUCAGCGUUGAUUGCGGAAAGAAUGGGACUUAGAUGUAAAUGAUAUAUCUUGAGAUUGUUCUUAGCGUGUGUAGGGUAUACAAAUGUAUCAUGUUGUG